GAAGGCCCUCCCCUUUUCACGACACGCUGCGUCCCCCCUUUGCUGACGUCCGACGUCAUGUCGUCACCGGAGACGUAGGAAACAUGGCUGCUCCCGACAAGUCGAGACUUUUCUCUCAGUUUUAACUGUUUUAUAUUCACUUCUGAACGAUAGUAUUUACCAUGGACGAGGUACAGAAAAUAGAGCCAUCUGCCGAGGAAAACGAGAAGGAGGAAGAAGACAUCCAGAAAAAUGAGGUAGAAGAAGUGGAAGAUGACACUGGAGAUGAGGAAGAAGAGGAAGCUGGAGAUGAUGAUGAAGAUGAGGUUGGAGAUGAAAAAGAAGAAGAAGCUGUGCCACAGGCUUCAGAUAAAGUUGAGAAAAACAUUCCAGUGCCUGUUAAACCCAAAGAGAAGAAGCAGGAUGAAGAACUGAACCUAAACAACGAGGUGGUGAGGAUGAGGAAGGAGGUGAAGAGGGUGAGGGCUUUGACCAUCAGGAAGCUGACGCGACAGAUUGGUGCCCUGAAGAAGAAGAAGGGUAAAGAGAUGGAGAUUGAGAGGAAUCAGAGGAGAGCUGCCAGACUGCUGGAGGAGAUCCACGCCAUGAAGACCCUCUCACCGGACCUGGUGACCAAGACAGCCUUGCAGAAAAAUCUCAACUUUGAGCAGGCGUGCAAAAACCCCAAGUCUACUAUUUCCGACCGAGCCAUAGCACGCAUCGGCACCCACCCUCAGUUCCACAAGAAGAUUGAGGCCAUCAAAGCGGCUGUGAAAGCCUUCAAAGAUGAGCGGAUGAAGGGUGGAAGGCAGGCAGGGAAGGAAAAGGUGCAAAAUAAAGCUGGACAAGUGCCUCCACAGUUACCAGACAUAAAGGGACAGAAAAAGAGUGAGAAAGAAGAGAAGGACAUUACAGUGGAGCAAAAGGAAAUCAUAGACGAUGAGAAAGAAGACGCUAAAGAUGCAACUGUUGCUGAACCUGAAAAGGAAACAGUGAAAGCAACUCCUUUAUCUGAUACUACUGAUAGUCAAAAGAAAGAAAUGCCAGAGUCUAAGAAUGUAAGACCAGCUGUAAUAAAAAGUAGUCCAGUAAAAGAGGUUGUGAAAAAUAUACAAAGUAAAGAGGCAGAAAAGGAACCUGCUCUAAAGUCUGCAUCUGAGGAGGAGACGGAGGAUGAUGAGGAGGAGGAGAAGGAGGAGGAAGAAGAAGAAGAGAGUGAUUUAGAUUCAUCAGAUGAGGAAGAGAAAGAGUACUUUGAUGACAGCACAGAGGAACGUUUCCACAAGCAGUCCUCCCAGUCCGAGGAGAGUGACAGCGAUAACGGCUUCUUUCUUGGAAAAGUGAGCAAAUUCAAGAAGAAGAAGCAGAAAAGUGAAGAGGGGGAGAAACUCAAUAAGAAGCGUGAAACUUCACACCAAGUCCAGGAUGAACUGGAUGAGCUUGAGUCCAGGCUGAAGUCUAAAACUGGCCGGCUUCAGACUGUUUUUUGUUCUUUCCUGUCUUCGUCGAAGCCUGGCGGGGCCAGAGGGAGAGGUGGGGGUGCAUUCAGGGGCCAAGGGAAACCAAGAGGUGGCGGUGGUAUAAAUCGAGAUUUCGGUAAACAAUCCAAGUUCCAAAAGCAGGAGAAAGGAGCAGAGAGAAGUUCAGGGCCCAAGUACAGCAGGCCCUUCCCAGAGGGCCGACAUCCUGAGUCAUCAGAAAAGGGCUUUGCUUCUGUGGGCCGGGGCCGGGGCCGAGGCAGAGGUGGUGCUACGAGGCAAAACGAUCGCAGGGGUGGAGGUGUCUUCUCCCAUCAGGCACCACAGCCGUCACUGCAUCCAUCCUGGGAGGCCAGCAAGAAAAGGAAGGAACAGCAAGGACAAAUCCUGGCAUUCCAGGGGAAGAAGAUCAAGUUUGAUGAUGACUGAAACUAUUUCUGUUUGUUUAGUGUCGUUAAUGCUAAAUUGUGGUUAUCUGGCACACCAGUGAAGUAUUGUCACUUAUUCUGUGGGAUGCUCAGUAUCAGUGGGGAUCUCACUAUAGUUCAGUGAUGCGUGUGUUUGCUUUUUCCUCUUUAUGCCUGGCAAAAGGCAGCAAACCUAGAGAUUUUUGUAUAAAACAUAGAGAAAUGUUGUUAAAAUAUUUUCUUUCUAAAUAGGUUAUGUUUUUCAUAAAAUAAGAUUUCAAAAUAACAUUUUGAGAAACAAGAAAUGUAUAAGAACGCUGGAUCCGUUAGACACAGAGGUGUAAUAUUGUUUGCUUUUAACUAUAAUUAUUCUUUUUUUUUUUUUACAUAUGUUUAAAUGUGUAAUUAGCCCAGUUAUUGUACAGUACACAAUCUCUGAAAUUGAUGUAAAGUGGUACAUGUGAAUUUUACAGUGUUUCAGCUACUUGUUCCACACCAACAUGUGUUUAAAGAAUAUAAAGUUUACAUGAUAGUUGCAGUGAUAAUGUGCUCUGCUGUUUUAUCCUUAUUCCAAGACAUGUAAAUUCAAUGCAGUACAAGAUGUUUUUUCAAUCAUAUCCGAAUCCAGCACAUUAAGUAGAAGUGUUCCUAAAUAGACUAUUAAAUGACAGUUCACCACAAAAUGAAAAAAAACAACAUAUCUUUAACUGUUGUGCUAUUUAUUAAUCUAUAUUGUUUCGGUGUUUGAGAUAUCAGCUGUAGAGAUGUCUGCCUUUUCUUAAGUAGAAUAAGGCAAAAAACAACUCCAUAGCAAUGUCUCUUCUGAAAUAGUGAUCA